UUUUUACUGUGCGCUUUUUUUCGGUGCGCUUCCGCAAGAAAGAGUUGAAACUAGAACCCGAAGACUGUUUUAGGUUUGCUACAUAGAAUGUUGUCGAAUCCACAAUGACAUUCUCGCUUCAAACCACACAGUGUUUCAAGCUCCCAUUUGCUUGGGAACCAGUCAGACCAGACAUGGCAGCCGACAGGGUCGGACGGAUGCGAGCAGAGGAAGUCCACUCAUCAGAUUUGGAAACGUCUCGAGAACACGGAGUCAAACUACAGAAGAGACAAGCUCGAGUGACUGUGAAAUACAACAGAAAAGAGCUACAGAGACGACUAGACGUGGAGAAAUGGAUCGAUGACUGCUUGGAUGAGCUGUACUUGAGCAAAGAGGAUGACAUGCCAGAUGAGGUAAACAUUGAUCAUCUGUUAGACCUGGCUAGCAAUGAAGAGCGAGUGAAAAAGUUAAAGGAGAUUCUUCAGACGUGCAGCAACAACACAGAGGCCUUCAUCGGAGAGCUGUUGGUCAAGCUGGAGGGCCUUCACAAGCAGGAGGAGCUGGCUACCGAGGGCAUCGAACACCCCUCCCACUACAACCACGCCCAGCACCACCAUCAGCCCUACCACUUUAACAGACCCCACUGGCCCCGAACCCAGACCCACCAGACCCCCUGAGCUCACCAAACCCCUGACAUAUGACCUCUGACUGGGAUCGUAAAACUCUGAAAAUGUUCCCAAAAUUCCCACGUUUUCCAUAAAUUCUGGUUGGAGAAUUUCUGGAAUCAGGAGGGAAUAAGCAGGUACCAAGUAACCAAGUAUUCCCGGGAAUCCUACAGUCGGGAUUUCUAGAAAACCUGGGAAUUUUGGGAAUGUUUCUGUAAAUUUGUUUCCCUGUCACGCCAUUUCAUCCCAGUCAUCUUGGCAGUGAUGGCCCCCAGCCAGUUUGCCCUCUUGUUUGUACUGUCAACUUUAUUUUUGAGUGAAUUUAAAUUAAUUUAAUUAAUUAAUCAUAUUAAAAUGGAGGUAAAUAAAACAUAUGUCAAUCACUA